AUGCCACGCCGCUCUAAUGCCUACACACAAUACAGACAAUAUGAACAGAAUAAAUCAAAAAUCAGCAUUCAGUCAUAUACUUAUUUCAUCCAAGCAGGUAAAAGCGACAACACAGAACCUGAACAGCAGUCUCUAGGAAAUGCGGUACCUGUUUUCACUCAGCAGUUAGUUGACUUAGAUGUGAGUGAAGGUGAUCAAGUGGAGCUGGUGUGUAGAAUUUGUGGUAACUCCGACAUCAAUUGGUAUCACAAUGGAAAUAUGAUUACAUCCAAAAACACACAAUAUAAAAUAUUACAGCGAGGAGACCAGUGUGUUCUACAUAUAGAUUCUGCUACUGGUGAACACGAUGGCGAGUACAUGUGUGAAGCUAGUAAUGAAAAUGGUGAAACUGUUUGCUAUGCAGAACUAACAGUGGACUUUAAAGAACCACGAGAUAUCAUCUCAGAGCUUGUCAAGCAUAAGCCAUUAGUGAGUGAACAAAGAAAACAACCAGUUUUCUCACAGCUUUUAUCUGACUGUAACGUAAUAACAGGAGGUAGAGCUGUUUUUGAAUGUCAAGUUCGUGGAAAACCAAAGCCAUCAAUUUACUGGUAUCGCAAUGAUCACUUGUUGAAGGAAAGUGAAAAAAUUACUAUUGAUGAGAACGAGAACGGUUUAUGUCGACUUAUAGUUGCUGAUGUCUGUGAGGAAGAUGCUGCAGAGUACACAUGUGAAGCUGUCAAUGAAGACGGUGAUGCCGUCUGUUAUGCACAACUUAAACUACAACCAACAGUGCCAUUGGACAUGGAUGAUUGGAGUCCACUACCCUGUAAAGGCAUCUUCAUUGACAUUCAACUCAACCAAUCAACAGAUGCUAUUUCAGACAUUUGUAUAGAAAAGCCUAGAUAUCAACCAAUCACAGUGUCUACUAAACAUAACCACCUAGACUUUGGCAAACUCAGCCAAUCAUCAGAUUCUGUUACUGACACUUGCAUGGAAACUCCUAGAAAGCAACCAGUGACAAAACACACGCAUCAAAAUCACCUCAAUUUUGGCACACUUAGCCAUUCAACAGACAAUUGCGUAGGUGUACCUAGAAAGCAACCAAUCACUAUGCCUACUAAUCAUAAUCACCUGGAAAUUAGCAAACUUUGUCAAUCAACUGGUUAUAUUACUGACAUUUACAUAGAAAAGCCCAGCAAGCAGCCAAUCACAGUGCCUACUUAUCAUAACCACCUGGACUUUGGCAAACUCAGCCAAUCAACAGAGUCUGUUACGUCCAUUUGCAUAGAAAAGCAUACAAAGCAAUCAUUGACAACGUGUACUGAUCAUAACCAUCUGGACAUUGGUAAACACGGUCAAUCAACAGGUUCUGUUACGGAUAUUUACACAGAAAAGCCUAGAAAACACCUAGAGACAAUGCAUACUAAUCAUAAUCACCUUGACUUUGGUAAACUCAGCCAAUCAACAGAUUUCAUUACUACCAUUUGCAUAGAAAAGCCUAGAAAGCAACCAGUGACUAUGCAUACUCAACAUAACCAUCUGGACAUUGGUAAACUAAGCCAAUCAACAGAUUCUGUUACGGAUAUUUACAGAGAAAAAGCCGGGAAGCUACCAAUAAAAAUGUUUACUAACCAUAACCAUCAUGACAUUGGUAAACCAGAUUCUGCUAAGGACACUUGCAUAGAACAGCCUAGAAAGCACCCAAUCACAGUAGCAACUAUUCCUAACCACCUAGACUGUGGGGAAUUGCUUGUUAAUGGAACACACAUGAUCAGAGAUGGUGAAUCUUUCCAUAACAAUCAUCAAGAAACUAAUCAUUGUAUGCAUAUUUCAGCAGAAGUAGAUGCAAAUACUAAUCAUUUAAAAAGCAUUAAUCAUCAUCACAUCAGCUCACCUAACUAUGCAACUUUAUUUAAGUCUGAUUGUGAAUAUAUGUCACACAAGCCCUGUGACACUAACAUAGAACUUUCUUUUAAGCCUUAUCACAGUGAACUAACAAUAAGUGAAGUAACAGUAGCACAUCCUAGGCAUGUAAAUGUUGAACUUGAACCAAUUUUUAACAGUAAGUUUCAUAUUGAUUUCAAUACAGAAGAAACUGAAAAACUCAGGAAAAAAGAUGUUUUUGAUCAGUUCAAGAAAGCUGGAAAAGACAAAUCACUAUUUACAGAACGUUCUCCGCCUGUGGAGGAAGUCAAAAAGAAAGCACCAAAGAAAAUACAACAUGCGCAGGAAAGGACUAUUGAAUUCCAGGAAGCUAUAAGUGAGAAUUUGGAAAACCAAUUUGAAAAAACAGAACAACUGAAAACAAAAUCUACAAAAUCUAAAGGCAAGGAUUCAUCUUCAACAGAUUUCAAGACCAGAGCUAGUAAGCCUGCUGUUUAUACACCUGAAAUGACAAUUCUACAACCAACAGAAAUUACAACUGAUAUAAAAACAAAAGAGCCAAUUGGGGUAAAAUCCGGUCGACGAUUUGUUGGUGAUGAAUUGACUCUGGUUACACCAAUUGAAACAGUGAAGAUUGCUUCCAUUUCCUACCCAUCUCGACGAGAAGUAUUGCCUUUCCAGUUUGUAGCUGAAGAGAAGUCUGUUGUUAUGCCAACAGAAACUACUGAAGGAUUGUUCACAAGUUUUCACAGGCCUCAGAAAUUGCAGUUAUCAGAAUACCCUGGCCAACAAUUUGUAACAGCCAGAGCUAAGGAAGAAAAACCACAAAUAUUAGAAACAAAACAACAAAAGUUAUUUCAUGCUGAUACUGAACAAACAAAAAUUCAUAUUGAAGAAGUUGAGGAAAGGGAAUCCAGGGUACCUAAAAGCCAAUACAUCACAGCAGUACCAACCAAUGUGCAGGAACUGGGGAUUAUUACACCAUUGGAAAGCACAGAUGAAAUCACAUGCCAGGUGUUGCCUAGCAUGAAACACAGGGCUAGUGUUCAACAUGAAGCAGAAGAGCUUGCUUUUGUUGCUCCUGCAGAAGAAACUGAACAAUUCUUUGAAACUCCUAUAGGUAGUCAACAAACUAGUAUUGAAGCUCAUAAAGCUGAAGAAUUGGAAAUAUUGGAACCAGCUGAGUUGAUUUUGGGUUUGCAGCCUGGGCCAACUGCUAGAAAAGCAUCAGCUCAAUUUACAGCAGAGGAACUUGAAGUAGCUGAAUUAACUGAAGUUUCUGCACAUUUAACAUCUAAACGCCCAGAAGCACAAGAACAUGCCAGGGUAAAAGCAGAGGAGUUUGAUAUUGUAGAAACAACAGAAGUAGCUAAAGAGUUACCAACUAGUUUAUCCUCAAAACAAGAAAAGGCUAAACUGACAAUUGGUUCAGAAUCAGUGGAACGUUUAUCUACAGAUGAAAGUAAGCCAAUGCGACGAAUGUCCAGUGUUGCAGCAGAGGAAAUUGUAGUAACUGCUUCUUCAGAGUUUGCAGAGAACAUUUCAAUAGAACUGCCCUUACAUAAAAUAAAAGAUCAACAUGUUACUGCUGAACCAGUGAUGAUGGCAGCUCCAAUAGAAAUGGUUGGAAGCCAGAGUUCUGCUCACAUGGAAAAAGAAAUUGCCAAAAAACACAAAUCUGUAAUGGCUGAUGAGAGGGCAGUUGUAACUCCUGUUGAAUUUGUUGAGGGAAUGGAAAAACAAAAAUCAACCAGUUUAGAACACUUAAAAAUGCAAGCCGAAGAACUUGUAGUUGUUGCUCCAACUGAGAUUACUGAGGAUAUAAGUUUGACAUCAGAGGCACAAAAGAUCAAACCGAAGGCUGAACCGAGACAAUCUGUCCAACUGGAAGUUGCUGCACUUUCAGAAUUUGUAGAGAGUUUACCAACAGCAGAACUAUCUGAAUCUGCGCAUCCUCAAAAGACUGAUUUUUGUCAAGAACUUGAGUUGACAAUUCCUUCAGAAGAAGCUGAAAGUAUCACUGUUGCUUCUGGCGAAAAACAAAAACGAGGUUCACUGAAAUCGAUUCCUAGUGAACUGGGAUUGAUUGUACCAACUGAAGUAACAGAGAGUGUGUGUUAUGACCAAAAGCCAGAAGCCGCGAAAGUAAGGCAGUCUGCCACAGGAGAUGAAUUGACGAUAGUUACACCUUUUGAGACAGUUGAAGGCAUAUCAGUAUCUCAAGAACUUGGACAAGCUUGUGCUCAUCAAACCUUAACAUCUGAGUAUAAACUGACUGUGCCAAGUGAAGUUGCAGAGCUUCAAGAUGGUGCCUUACCUGGAACAAUGAAAGUGAGACAGGCUGUCACAGGACAAGAACUUGUGGUUGUCAUACCCUCAGAAUCAGCUGCAGAUAUGGGGAUUUCAGUUGAAUCAAAGAAGUUAACUCCAGCAGAAGCCACCCCUGCAGAAAUGAAACUAGUCACCCCAAGUGAAUAUGUGGAAGGCAUACAUGAUGCUAAGCACCAGGCUACUAAAUUACAGAAGACUGAAACAAGUAAAGAACUUGUUGUAGUAACACCUUCUGAAGUUACAAGGGAUAUACAAAUAUCGGGAGCUGAAACUGAGAAGGUUGAAUCAUCUGAGACUACUUCAGAAGAAUUAAGUUUGGUUAUGUCCAGUGAAACUGCGGAAGGGUUACAGACUGAAUUAAAUACAACCAAGGCAGGUGCUCAGCAACAUGGAGAAGAGAUGCUUCUAGUGAUCCCAAUCGAAAUGUCUUCAAUCAAAGCACCACCAUAUGUUGAGCAAAUUGAGGCUGUCCAAAGAGAUGAUGAAGAGGUUUUUGAGAUGGCAGCUCCUCUGCCAAGGGUUAUUGUUUAUGAGGGAAAGAGAACACCAUCUGAAGAAAUUGCUGUUGAGCAAUUAUCUGUGCAAAGUAGUGUAGUUCCUGAAGUACAUGUAGAAGAUGUUUCAAAGUCUCUAGAAUUUGAAGUUGAUUUGGAAGAUCCUGAAGUAGAAAAGGCUGUGGUGAAAAUUCAGUCAGCCUUUAGAGGAUUCAAUGUCAGAGCCAAAAGUAUUCAAGCUCCUAAGUUUACAAGACAACUUUCUGACCAUGAAAUUAUUGAAGGAACCACCAUACAAUUAGAAUGUCAUGUCCAAGGAAUACCAACUCCAGAUAUAGAAUGGAUGAAAAAUGGAGUUGCAAUAACUGAAAGUAAUAAACACUAUGUAUUUGCUGAAGAUAAGGAGAAGUGUGUUUUGGUCAUUCACAAUGUGACAGGAGAGGAUGAUGGUACUUAUAUCUGUAAAGCUACAAAUAAGGCUGGAACUGCUACAACUGCAGCUGAACUUGUUAUAGAAGGAUCAGCAUCUUCUGAAUAUGAAACUGCACCAUCUGCAGAAGAAAGUGUGCCAAGUCAAGAUUCCUCAGUAGAGGAAUAUGUCAGAGCAUUGUCAAUGCCUGUACCAUUGGUACAGAUUGGAGUGGAAGAAGUUACACCUCCAGAACUUACAAUGAAACUACAAAGUCUUGUUGUUGAAAAAAGAAAAACUGCUAAAUUCAUGUGUGGAGUAACAGGGAUACCAAAACCUGUGGUGACAUGGUUUUUUGGUGGUAAGAAACUCAUCAAUGAAGGUCGCUAUAGGAUAUACCGUGAUGUGGACAUAUACACUCUGGAAAUAGCUGAUUGUAAUGACGAUGACAUAGGAGAAUAUAUUAUCACAGCAUCUAAUGCUGAGGGACAAGUUUACUGUGCUGGAGAUCUAAUGGUAGAAAGUUCCAAUACUGAAAAUAGAGCCAGCUACAUCCCGCCAACUUUCGUGUUACCGCUAAACAAUGUAACAGUGAUAGAAAAGAAUGCCGCUCGCUUUGAUUGUCAAGUUGCAGCAAACCCAGAACCAGAAAUUAUUUGGUUUCACAAUGGUAUCGGAAUCCAUGAAGGUGACAAUUAUAUUAUGGAAACAACAGAUGAGGGUGUGUGUUCUUUGAUAGUGGUAUCGGCCAAUAAAACACAUGCUGGAGAGUAUUCCUGUUUUGCUAGUAACACUGCUGGUAGAUCGUCAUGCUCCUGUAUGCUGACUGUGCAAGGAUCAAAGGAAACAUCAACAAAAGAAAGAGAUACAGAAACCAGUGAAACUCCUGGCCGCCUUGUACCUGAGCAGGUACCACCAGAAUUUACCGAAAAACCCAAGAAAGAAAGUCGUGUAAUUGUUGGGAAAACAGCUAGAAUUAGCUGCACUGUCAAAGGUUCUCCUCGACCAUCAGUUGUGUGGUUUAAAAAUGGUAAUCCAUUACGACUUGACAGUCAUUAUCAGUUACAUCUUAUUGGGAGUACAAGGACACUUUUGAUUCCAAAAACUAUUUACAAAGAUGCAGGAGAAUACACGUGUGCUGCUACUAAUGCAAGUGGUGCUGUGUAUUGCUCAACAGUAUUAUACAUUGAAGAUCCUGAGUCUACAAGUAGCACUGAUGAAGGAGACUUCAGCCUAUCAGAAACUGAGCUAGGACCACCAUGUGAGCCAUUGGCAACUAUCGCUGAAUUGAGUGAAGAACAAAGUGGAGAUGAAUUCAUCAGACCUAUUGUACUUCCAGUUGUCAGGUCUUCAAGUGAAGACGCUGUUAAAGAACAACUUCUGGUUAAACUGGAAGAGUUAGUUGCUGAGAGAGGUGUACAGAUAUCGGAAGAAAUUAUUGAACCUGCAAUACCUUCUCCUGCUGCAAUACCAUGCAAAAUUCAAGAACACUCUCUACCAACAGUAAUAUCAACUGUCCCAACUGUGGUACCAAUAUCACCAACUUUGGGACCAGCAUUACCGGAUGAAUCACCCCAGGCACCAGCUAUCCCAACAUUAGCACUACCAGAUCAAGCUCCAAAAUUCAUCAAAACUAUUGAAUCCAUUGAAGUAAGUCAAGGUAACCCUGCAAGAUUUGAGAGUAUGAUUAGUGGUACUCCAGAUACACAGGUACAGUGGUUCAGGAACCAAGAUGAGCUGGAACACAACGGACACUAUGAAAUAGACAAACCUGAAGGACGUUUUGUUCUAAUUGUCAACAAUGUUAAUUCAGAUGAUGAAGGCAGGUAUUUCUGCAAAGCUACUAACUCACAUGGUCAGGCAUCUUGCUCAGCUGUGCUGCGUGUUGAAGGUAUGAGCAGCAGUGCAACUGAUUCCGAACAUUCCACAACAACCAGUGAUGCCAGAACCAGUGAUGAUGAUAAAGACAAAAGAGUAAAAUUAAAGUCAAUACCUAUCAUUCAAGAGGAACAGUUUGGUGUAUACAAAGUAACCAGUGAGUACAUGGAUGAAAGUGGAAGAUUAAAGUUAAAACCUGGUGAUAUGGUAGAAGUCUUGGAUUCAGCUGUACCGGAUAGAUGGUUUGUUAGACAUAAAAAAGAAUUAAAAAUGAUUGGAUAUAUUCCGUCUUCUUUGCUUCAAAAACAACCCAUCAUGGAAAAAAGUGCUACAGAAAUAUUACAAGAAAAACUUGCUGAAGUUGGAGACGAUGUUCCAGCAUCUCCAGAAGCUCUGGAAAAACCCAAAGCACCCUUUAGAAGAGCAAGUUUCAACAGAGAGAGCGGAUCAGACUCGUCCGAAGCAGAAGAUUCAAAGAUAUCACCAGAGUCAUUUGAUAUCUACAUGGCUGUUGCUGACUACACACCUGAUACAGCUGAGACUGAAGACAUCCCACUAGUUGAAGGACAGUAUGUAGAUGUACUUGACUCUAACAGUGCCACUAAAUGGCUAGUCAGAACCAAACCAACCAAAUUGCAUGCACCUAAACAAGGUUGGGUAAGAGCUAGCUACUUGGAAAAGAAAACACAUAAACAGUAUGAAAGAAAAGAAAGACCUAAGUCGAGGGAAAUUCCCGAUUUUGAAGUGGAAUUGGAGUUCAGUCGGAUGGAGAGGGUCGAUAGUAAAGAAUUAGAAGCUAUCAAGAAAAGAGGAUAUGUUUUGGAGGAAUUGUUAGCUACAGAAAGACAGUUUGUAAAAGAUCUACAAUUUGCCGCUGAUAACUACUCCAAAGCGGUAGACAGUCCAUCAUUUCCAUCUUCUUUACAAGGAAAGAAAGAAUCACUAUUUAUGAAUAUCGAAGAAAUACUGGAUUUUCAUAGAGAUUACUUUGUCCAUGAACUUGAGAACUGUAAUAAUGAUGCUGCAAGCGUGGGACGUACAUUUAUUAAAUGGCAACACAAGUUUGAAAUGUAUGUGCAGUAUUGUAAAAACAAACAAAAAUCUGAAGCUCUGCUAUCCUCACAAGUUGCCAAGAACUUCUUUGAGGAUAUAGGCAGAGCUCUCGGUGGUGACAAACAAUUAUCUCUGUCAGAUUACUUAAUCAAACCUGUGCAGAGAAUUACUAAAUAUCAACUACUUUUAAAAGAAAUAGUAAAAUACACGGCAAGAGCCAAACAAGAUUGUGCAGAUCUGGAGCUUGCCUUAAAUGUAAUGAUGCAAGUUCCUAAACGUGCCAAUGAUUUAAUGCAUAUCAGUCUGAUUGAAGGUUAUCAAGGUAAUCUUGAUGACCUUGGCAGACUUCUACGAAUGGACCAAUUUAUUGUAUGGGAUGGUAGACCUAAAGGUAAAGGUAGUAAAGGCAAAGAUAGACAGCUAUUUCUAUUCCAUGAUCUCAUAAUAUUUACAAAAAUCAAAAAGGAAAGUAAAGUGGAAUCACCAGGAUAUAUCUGCAAAAACCAUAUGAUGUUACCUGGUAUUGGUAUGACAGAUGAAAUGAGUGAUGACAGGAGAUUUGAAUUAUGGUACGGUAAACCAACAUCUUCAUCUCUGGUAACACUACAAGCUAAAACAAUUUACGUAAAGCAGGCUUGGGUGAAAGAGAUCCGAGAUAUCCUUAGUAAGACACAACAAGAACUACUUGACAUAAAAGCCAGUGCAGAACGAAAAUAUGGCAAAUCAACUGACAGUGUUAGCUCUGGCUCAGAAGCUAGCUUUACAGGAAAGCCAAGUCCAAUUCCACUCAGGAAAUUUGCUGCAUUACUAGGUAGAAGUGAAAGCACAUCUAGUGUCGCUACAACACUGGCAACAUCGAGUCCACCACCAUCAAGUCCACCAUCAAAUGUACAAAGCCCUGGAUUCCCAGCACCACCUGUAGAGACUAUCACAGUUGGUGACGCGUAUGAAGUAACAUCAGAGGUGAUUGCUGAGGGUGGUGAUGAAGUAGUCUUGUCUAAAGGUGAAGUUGUUAAAGUCAUUGCUAGAGGUGGUAGUAAUAUGUAUAAAAUAAUGACAAGACCCACCGACAAUCUUCCCAAUGGACAGCAAGGCUAUGUGUCUGACAGAUAUCUGUGUGUCAUCAAACCUGAACCUAAACCAGUAAUAGAACAACCGAAAUUGACUGAGAAACCCAAGUCAUGUACAGUGAUGGCAGGCCAAGAAGCUAAAUUCUCAUGCAAGUACAAGGGUUUCCCCAAGCCUGAAAUUGAGUGGUUUAUUCAAGAAAGUGUUCUACUAGAGAAUAGAAUGGAAAUAUCAAGUAUUGACGGAAGCAGCAUACUCACGGUGUAUGACGUCAAAGUAGAGGAUGCUGGGAAAUAUAAAUGCGUAGUUGAAAACUCGGCUGGUUGUGCUACAGGGGCUGCUAAUUUACAUGUACAAGCUCCACCGACAUUCAUCAAACCUCUGUCAAAUUUAACUGGUACUGAAGGUGUCACAGUUCAAUUAAAGUGUGUCCUUAUAGCAUCACCUGAACCUGAUAUUACAUGGUAUAAAGAUGGCAAUGUGAUUAUUGAAGGUGAUAAGUAUGUCGCAGAGUUUGACUCUGAGGGUGUGGCUACACUUACCAUUACUGAUGUACAAGUGUAUGACUAUGGUGAAUAUACGUGUAAAGCGGCAAAUCUGAUUGCUGAGGCAUCCACGUCAGCUAAGUUAAGUGAACUACAAGAACCUGUAUUUCAAUUCCCUGCUGAGGAAGAACAUGUUCUGGAUGUGAAUGACUUCUAUGAUAUCAAACAUCAGCUUGCCAGGGGUCAAUUUUGCAAGGUGCACCUGUGUACCGACAGUAUCAGCCAAUCAGAAUUUGUUGCUAAGUUCAUCAGUUAUGACGAUGUCAAGAAGGAAGAUGCUUGUCGUGAAUUACAAAUUAUGAAAAACUUAUUACAUCCUUCUCUGGUUCAUCAUUACGAGAGUUUUGAAUCAAUGCAUGAAAUGGUCAUCGUCAUGGAAUAUGUUCCAUAUGGUUUAUUGUUUGAGCAAGUCAUCAGUGAAGAUAUGGACUUGUGUGAAAAACAGUGUGCUUUUUAUAUCAAGCAAAUAUGCAGAGCUGUAGAUUAUAUGCAUUACCAGAAGAUAGUACACUUAGAUAUACAGCCUGAAAAUUUAAUAUGUUCAGAGCCCCUGAUUGUGAAGUUGAUAGAUUUUGGGAAUUCCAGAUAUAUUGGAGAUAGUUUCACUGAACUCAAAGUAUCACCACAGUUUAUCUCACCGGAGGUGGCAUCGUGCAAUAACAUUACACCUAAAGCUGAUUUCUGGAGCAUUGGAGUCAUCGCAUAUGCACUUUUAUCCGGAAUUUCGCCAUUCCAGGGCAAAACUGUGAGGGAAACUUUUGAAAAUGUACUUGCUGCAAGAUGGAACUUUGAUGAAGCUUUUGAAGAGUUGUCCACAUCCUGUAAAGAUUUUAUCAGCCAUCUUCUGUGUGCAGAUCCUAGUAAAAGAUCAAAUGGGGCAAAGUGUCUCAGACAUCCUUGGCUGUCUUCAAGAAAUGAGGAAAUAACCAUACAUCUACUGGACAGAGACAGACUGAAACAAUUUGUAGAAAGAAGAUUGAAGGUAGAGUAA